CUCAACUCUUAUCUCAUCCCCCACGAGCAACACUCACUCGCUUAUCAUGUCGGUCACUGUCUCUCGAACCCUGCUCAGGACAGCGCGUGCUCCACAAUAUGUCCUCAGACUUUCCUCGCCUGGUCUCUUACUAGCUCAACGCAGAUUCGCAUCAACACAACCUGUCACCCCGGCUGAUGAGAUUGCUAUACUCAACAGUCAGAGAGAAAAGAGACCGACCAGUCCUCAUUUAGCGAUUUACCAACCUCAACUCACGUGGAUCGCAUCGGGAUUCAACAGACUGACAGGGGUCGCCCUUUCUGGAGUGCUCUAUGGCGCUUCUUUAAUAUACCUCCUCCAUCCAGUCUUCCCCGCUAUCGACUCGGCGCAUUUGAUCCAGUUGGCACAUGAUAUGCCAAUCUGGCUCAAGGGAGGAGUCAAAUUGUUAUUUGCUAUACCUUUUACUUUCCAUACGUUCAACGGGAUGCGUCAUCUGGGGUGGGAUAUGGGCAAAGGUCUCACACUUAAGGCAACCUAUGCUACAGGCUACACGGUCCUUGCUGCCACCGCUGUCUCUAGCAUCUACCUCGCCUUCUUCGUCUAAGUCUUUCCUUGUUUUAACGUGCGUCGUUUUAUGAGAUGAGAGUGCGGUGAUUUGUAGGUUCAAGAUGCAUGUGAUCCUUCCUUACUUC